GAUUCAGUGUCAUGCGCUGCACGUUUCUCCUCCAGUCCUGCAGGGGUCGCUGUAUGACGCGCUGCCGUCACUGCCGCUCUGAUACCGGUGAGAGUGUGUUAGCACGGCGCUAAUGUGACAGUGGAAGUUUCAACAGGCUGUCGCUAUUUUCUCCUCUAUUAAAUUCAUAAUCCCGGCAGCAAAGUUGGCUGAAGCGGUGUGGUGAAUCUCUGAGCGAACCGUAUCGACGGCCAGACGUCAGGAGGAUGUUCAACCCUCAUCAGCACCAGCAGCAGCAGCAGUUUCAGCAGCAUCUUCGUCAGCUACAGCAGCUGUUUCAGCAGCAGACGCCACCGCCUCCUCCUCCGCCGCCUCCACCGCCGCAGCCUCAACCCGCCCAUCACAUCACACACCACCAUCAGGCCGCACGGCCUAUGGCGGUUCCCGCUCCAGCACCUCCAUCUGCCCGUAUGGUCAACCUCUGCUCAGCCACUCAGACCAUCAUCGCACCCAAUCCCAUGCUGCAAGGGGCUCUGCUCAUGCAACAGAUGCAGGCAGGCGGUAUGCGUGGCUUUGCUAUGGGUGGGCAGCAGUUUCCUCAGUUCUUCACUCCCGGAUCCAGAGCGUCUCUCCUGGGGCCUGUUCCAAUGGGAGUGGCCAUCAAAACUCCACACAUGGGAUUCCCACGACAUUUCACUCCACACGCGCGCUACUUUAGCAAUGAGUUUCAGGCACGUCAGCCAGAAAGGAAGAGGGAAAUUGAGCAGAAAUCAGCGGGGAGCGGCGACAGCCAAUCAGAAGCCAGCAGCAGCAGUAGCAGAGCAGAUGAAGCCGCCGCUGUGGCCGAUCCGGGAUGUCAGGAGUCUUCAGAGCAGCCCGAUGAACCAGCGGCCAAAAAACACAAAACUGACGAGUCAGAAGAGCCUGUGGAGACAGAAUCAGCUCAAAACACUGAAUACAAGAGCCCAGAUCCUGGAGAUUGCACACUGCAGGAGGGAGGCAGCGUGGACGGGCCGGUCGCUGCUGAAGCCGAUGAACAGAGUCAAGUGGCCAAGCAGGUCGAGCAUACAGAAGCUCCAGAUAAAGACACGGAGCAGCAGAUCAGUGACAGUCCAGACCACGCCACAAUCUCCGAUUCAGUCCCUGAGAUCAAGGAGACCAGCAGUCACGAGGAGGUCAAAGACGGAGGACCAGAGACCUCCAGCAAGUUCUUCUGCUAUAUUUGCAACAUCACUUGCUUUAACCAGCAAAAUUUCCAGAGCCAUAUGAACGGACUGACGCACCAGCAGAAGAUGAUGGAGAUCCAGCACAUGAGUAACGCGUGUCUCGUCACGCUGCUGCCGCGAGUCCAGGAGUCCCUGCAAGGAGCUCGCAAAGACGGUGAGAAGAGACCGGGCCUGCAGAGAUGGUGCUCCACCUGCCAGACUCACUUCACCAGCAACGUCAUGGACCAUCGCAGAACCAGAGAGCACAAGCGCUGCAGUCACUCGUCCAGCACCAGCUGUACCGUCUGUAAGCUGCACUUCAGGACGGCCAGAGAGUUUGUGGAGCACAUGCAGUCGACGGAGCACAAGCAACGGGUCGAGCAGCUGUGGAAGGAGUCGGGUAAAGGCGGCGCGGAUCAGCUGAACGCCGCCAUGUUACUGGGUGAAGAGGACGGUGAUUGCAGUGAUGACGAGAGGGAGGAAGAGGAAAACGGGAAGGAGGGUCUGGCUGCGCAGAUGGAGGUCACACUAGAAGAUCUGACUGAAGACGAGGAGUUUGACUCAGACACAGUGUAUGGCUCUAGUUUUGUGGUGCCUGUCGCUGGGUUUCUCUGUCGACUCUGCAAUCAGUUCUAUCACUUUGAGUCCUCGGCUCGACACACGCACUGCAAGACGCUCAAACACUUCGACAAUCUGAAGCGUUAUAAAGCCUUAAGGAAGCAUGAAGACUCUGGUUCAACCUCAGGAGAUCCAGCAGACCACAUCAGUCCAGAUGAAACCUCCGAGGGAGGAUCUCCGUUUACCUCAUCCGCGUCUCUCACCCCCAAACCAGCCCUCCAAACCUCACCGUCCAGCAGCAGUACCUCACUUCCCACCAUCAGCAUCAGCAGACUGAGCAGCAGCUCCAUCGUCCAGAACACCAGCAGCAGCGGACAGGACGACGACCUCGGGAGUGUGACGCUCCCACAGGAAGAGGCCGUCGCAGGAGAGCCGGAGGAAGAGGACGAGGGUCCCGUCGGCGUCCCCGAGGGGAAGGGCGCCCGGGGCCGAGGCAGGACUCCUGCUAAGAGACGAGGAAGAGGAGGAAGACGACGCUGAGGGCUGAUGUCUAUCCUGAGAGACAGGGAACUUUAUCAGGCCCAGAGGACCGUAGUGAAACCACCCCGCCGUAGACAGUAUGUGUCUUUCCUGCAGUUCAGAAGGGUUUGUGCCACAAUUACAAGCCUCUAACCCUGUUUGUACAGUAGCUGUUUUCAUUGAGCACAAGAACCUCAAGACGCCAUUACUGAAUGAUUCGUGCUUCGGAUGAAGGGUGAAUCUCACCAACCCAUGAACAUGUCCGGGUCAUAUCUCAGACCAAAACAAAUACAGUAGUCAACAUUUGAAGUGGAUCAGAAAAGUUCAUCAAAGUUGUCCUAAAACCUUCUUCUUAGGACAACUUUUUUGAUCCACUUCAAAUGUUGACUACCCCACACACACACACACACACACCCCUUUUUAGGACCAUUAAGAUUGAAUUAUCAUCUAGUUUUCAUGAUAAUUGCACACACCCCCUCACCAAUUCUUAAUUACUUUAAUGUGAAAUGUUAAUCUCAUUACCAUAAUGCAAAAAUGUCAUUAUUGCAAAAGUUGUUGUACUGAAUUGAAUGUAUGCUGAUUUAAUUUUAAUAUUAAAAAAGUAAUAAUGUCAUCCAGACAGAUUGAAUUAACUGCAGGAAAUGUAACUUCAGAGGGAAACUGUGCUGAAUCAUGAAAGCAGCGUCACAAAGCAAAACAUCUUAAUAGUUCUUCACGUUCUUUACGGGCAGUACAGUUUGUUUUUGGUGUGGAUCAUGAUCUGAACAUGUUCGUCCUGAGAUUCACCCUCGCUGAUGGAGCGGCAGGUCUGUGUUGACGUAGAAUGUAGCAGCACUGAAACGCGUUUCAUAAAAAGUGCAAACAUGAUUGUAGUUCUGAAAUCAGUGUCACACGAGGCUGUAAAAAGAAGGGAGACAAACCUUAUUUAUGGAGGUAACACACUAGUUCUAGAGCUGGAUGACAGUUGAUCGGGUGAAUUUAUGACAGACACAGACGCUGAUGUUAUUUUCUUAUAAACAUCUUCAAAUGGAGUUCUGCCUUAAGUGCAAACGCUCAGACGGAGCAGUGUUUAAAAAGCAUCGCAAAACCAGCGAUGAUCAUGUUUUCAGCUGCUAUCCCAGAGUCCCAGAGACUCGUAUGUCCCUGUGUGCUGCGCUGUGAUUGGCUCACACUUUCAGAUAGCAUCUCAUACCGAAUGCUAAACAUUUCUGGUCGAUGGUCCACGGGUAAAACCGUGAGUAACGUUAUUCCACCAGUUGUGUUUAGCUUGAUUACUUGACUUGUUUUAGGGUUAUUAAGCGCACACAUGACCUGGACUUUACUUUAAAUUACAGUGCAGAAAUCUUCAAGAAACUGAGUUUAUGAUAUAUUCUCAGAUGUGGGUUUUUCUAGAGGAUCUGCAGAUCUAAAUAUUCUGUUCCCAAGAUUGUGGUGCGUCCAAAAUGUUAUUUUUGCACCGACUUCACCUGUUUUAGUCUUCGCUUUGAUUUGUACCGUCAGUGAAACACUGAUGUUGAGACAGCUGAUUAUAUUCUGGUCAAUCUCACAAAGAAUGAAAGAAAUAAUAUUUUGCAUUUAAAAAAAAAAAGGAUGUUUCUAUUGUGACAUUAUUUUCAUGACAAUUAGGCACAUUUUCUCCCUUAUGAAAAAUCGCUUCAAUGUGAAAAAAUGAAAAAUAAUAAUAUAAUAUUGCAACUGUAAUAUUACAGUAAUGAGAAUUAAUAGAAACGGUAUAUUUUUUUGUAUCACGAUAAGAAUUUGGGAUUAAAAUGUGCAUAAUUGGCAUGAAAGUCACAGUGCAAAAAGUCUUCAUGGGACCUAAAUAUUCUUUGUUUUUCUGUAAAACUUUAUUUCUUCUUUUUAUUUAGGAGUGAAAUAUGACCUGGACUCGUUUUCGUCUGUAGUAUUAACUCUGUUAGCUUCAUCUGCUGUUUGUGUCUCCCUGAUAGAAACCGUCACCUGUUACUUUGUCACUAAAUGGAGCGGUUUUAUGAGGAUUGGCAUUCGCUUUUUGAUUUCGAUAUGCAUCAUCUCGUCGUACACUGGAAACGUCAGCAUGAACUGUGCUGAUGCAGAAGCAUCUCCGUCUCUAAUCAUGACGACAAACACUGUGUAGCAAAUGCAUCUGUUCACAUUCAUGAUCAUGUUGCAUUUCUACCCAGAAUCAAAGAAAAAUCUACAUUUUGCAUAAACAAAAUGAAGUCUUUUUGCAUGGUCAUUUUAUUUUUCAGCCAAUAUUCUCUAUACAGAACAACAUUCAUUUGUCAUUUUAUUUUCAUUACUGUAAUGCAGUAUUUUUACCCUCAGGCUUCAAAUGCAAAAUAUAAUUGAUUUAUUUCCAUUGGUUUUGGGACGAAAUGUGACCAGAUCCAUUCAGAAAUCCAUGCACCAUGUUUCAUACUGAAUUCAGAUCAGGCUGAGAUGUUAUUGAUUGUAUGAUUACUGACAAUGAUUUGAGGUGUACUUUUGAUUUUGUGUGUCUUACAGAAGGGAACUGCUCAGAUGUUUUAUUUUAUGUUUAAAAAAUCAUGACAAAAAACCCUAAUCAGGUUGGCAAGACCAGGUUAAACCAGCUAAGACCAGCAAACCAUUUAAACUGGUUUAAUACAGCUUCAUCUUCAGUAAUAAUUCAGCUGUCGGGAAGGAGAGAAUAUGGUCAGUCUGGUUGUUUCAUCUGCAGCAGCUUAUAAACUGCAUGUUGCUGAUGAAAAAGCACAAAUGUACUGAGAGUUUUCCCAUCAUGGAAUAAUAAUAGUGAUUGAUUUGUAACGUGAUUUGAGCUCUGAAAGAGGAAGGUCAGCGGGACGCUUUGUUUAAAGGCAAGCUAAACACAAACUAUGUUUCAUAUUCUGACAAACUGAACACAACAAAAAUGUUUUAUUGCAGCUGGAAGUUCAUGUUUUUCCAAUGUUUGUUUUGUGCAUUUGGCUCAUUUUAAUUUCUAUUAAAAUAUUUGUUGAUUACAA